CGCCGGCGGGAGCAGGGCCGGGGGCGGGAGGGGGGGGCCCCGCCGCCCGCCGCCAUGAAGGGCAAAGAGCGCUCCCCGGCCAAAGCCAAACGUUCGCGGGGCGGCGGGGGCGGUGAGGACUCGGCCUCCUCCUCCUCGUCGGCGCGGGGAGAGCGGAGCAGUAAGAAACCCAGCAGCUCCGGCGGCUCCAACGGCAGCGGCGGGAAAGCGGCGGGAGCGGCGGCCUCCAACGAGAGCAACAGCGGGAGCAGCCGGCGUGGGCCUCACCCCGACAAGGCCAGCCGCGCCGGCAGCCGCGAGUACGAAGCCGGGACGGCGGCGGUGACGAGCGGCGGGGGCAGCCGGCACGGCUACGGCAGCGGCAAAACCGCGGAGGCUUCGCGGAGUAGCGGCAGCCGCGGCGGCGGGGGUGAGUCCCGGGCACCGGCAGCAGCCCCGUCUUCCUCCUCCUCCUCCUCUGAGUCGGUUGGCGGGGAGUACAAGACGCUGAAGAUCAGCGAGCUGGGCUCGGCGUUGAGUGACGAGGCAGUGGAGGACGGGCUCUUCCACGAGUUUAAACGUUUCGGAGACGUGAGCGUCAAAAUCAGCCGCCUCCCUCCCGGCACCGGCGCUACCGACGAGCGCGUGGCUUUUGUCAACUUCCGCCGGCCCGAGGACGCCCGAGCUGCCAAACAUGCCCGGGGUCGCCUCGUGCUCUACGACCGCCCGCUGAAAAUCGAGGCCGUCUACGUCGGGAGCAGCGCAGGGAGCAGUCGACGCCGGAGCAGCCGUUCCCCGGCCUUGCUGGACAAGGAAUCUCCCUACGGCACGGCAGCCAUCGGGGUGGCGGCGGCAGCAGCAGCCGUCCGGCACCCACCCGCCGGGGCGACCCAACGGGCUCUGUCACCUGCUGGGAGUGGCGGGGCCCUGGGCUACCGGGACUAUCGGCUGCAGCAGCUCGCCCUGGGCCGCUUGCCGCCUCCGCCUCCUCUCCCCAGGGAGUUGGAGAGGGAGAGGGACUACGGGGGUUUCUACGAGGCGCGAGUGCGGCCGGCCUACGGGCUGGAGCGGGUGGCUGGGGUGGCGGCUGCUGGGGGGUUUCGUGGUGGAGGUGGGGGUGCUGGAGCUGCCAGUGAGGAGGAGAUCAGUCCUGAGGAUGACCAGAGAGCCAACCGCACCUUGUUCCUGGGCAACUUGGACAUCACCGUCAGCGAGUCAGAUUUACGUCGCGCUUUUGACCGUUUUGGGGUCAUCACUGAAGUGGACAUCAAAAGGCCGGGGCGUGGGCAAACCAGCACCUACGGUUUUCUUAAGUUUGAAAAUCUGGACAUGGCACACCGAGCCAAGCUGGCCAUGUCAGGAAAGGUGCUGCUCCGCAACCCCAUCAAGAUUGGGUAUGGGAAAGCCACGCCGACUACCCGGCUCUGGGUGGGUGGCCUCGGGCCUUGGGUGCCCCUUGCUGCCUUGGCCAGGGAGUUUGAUCGGUUUGGCACCAUCCGCACCAUCGAUUACCGCAAAGGGGAUUCCUGGGCCUACAUCCAGUACGAGAGCUUGGAUGCGGCGCAGGCCGCCUGCACCCACAUGCGGGGUUUCCCUUUGGGGGGCCCCGAUCGCCGCCUCCGCGUCGACUUUGCCGACACCGAGCACCGCUACCAGCAGCCCUACCUGCAGCCUCUGCCCUUGCCACCUCCUGCUCAUUAUGAGCUGGUGGCAGAGGUGGCUGCUUUUGGGGCUCACCGGGGAGCCCCACCUGAUCCUCUUCGGGGGGCCCGGGACAGGACGCCACCUUUGCUCUAUAGAGACCGUGACAGAGACCUUUAUCCUGAGACAGAUUGGGUGCCCCCUCCGCCCCCUGUACGGGAUAGGAGUAACCGGGCAGCUGCCUAUGACCCUCUGGAAAGCUUGGAACGCCGCCGGGAUGGUUGGUCCUUGGAGCGGGACCGAGGGGAGAGGGAGUUGGGCAGUAGUAGUAGUAGGGAGCAGCCUAGGAAAAGGAGGCUGGUAGAGGAUGGAGGCCGCCACUCGGACCGCUCUCCGGACAGUGAGCGUUCUUCCUCCCGCAAGCGUCACUGUUUGACCACCACCUCUCCCCCUGACCGCAGCCCUGAGCUCCUGGGAGGGAGGGAACGUUACAGCAGUGACCCCGAGCGCUCCUCCUCCCGUUUGCUCCUCUUGGAGCGACCUUCCCCCAUGCGGGAAUCGCGGCGGGGCAGCCUGGAGCGGGGGCAGAAUGAGAAACGCGACCGGAAGAAUUCCGCCGAGCGGGAGAGGAAGCACCGGGCCGUGACCGCGGCCGCUGCCGCGCAGGAAUGCAAAAGCCCUUCCAAAAAGGACGAUCGGGCGAUGGAGGGAGGUGGUGGGGGAGGCUCCCGCCUCAAACCUCCCCCUCAGAAACAGCAGCAGGACGGAGCCUCGCAAGUCGGGGGAGCCCCCAAGCUGUGUUUGGCUUGGCAGGGGAUGCUUCUGCUGAAGAACAGCAACUUCCCCUCUAACAUGCACCUGCUGCAGGGGGACCUGGGCGUCGCCAGCAGCCUCCUGGUGGAGGGAGCGACUGGUGGGAAAGUGGCUCAGCUGAAGAUCACCCAACGUCUUCGCCUGGACCAGCCCAAGCUGGACGAGGUCAACCGGCGCAUCAAAGUGGCGGGGCCCAAUGGUUACGCCAUCCUCUUGGCUGUGCCCGGUGCCUCAGACAACCGCUCGGCAGCCGGAGCUGCUGAGCCUGCCACCACCACCUCCACCCAGAGGCCCCUCAGGAAUCUGGUGUCCUACCUAAAGCAAAAGCAGGCUGCUGGGGUGAUCAGCCUCCCUGUAGGGGGGAACAAAGACAAGGAGAACAGCGGGGUCCUGCACGCUUUUCCACCCUGUGAUUUCUCCCAGCAGUUUCUGGACUCCACGGCCAAGGCCCUGGCCAAAUCAGAGGACGACUAUCUGGUCAUGAUCAUUGUCCGUGGAGCCUCCUAAGGCUCUGGUGUUUCUCUAGACCCAACCCUACCGACUCCUCCUCCGCACAGCCCCUCCAGCGUGUGCCAGGUGCUAUGGGAUACAGCCUUAGC